UAUUCAACUUAACGAAACUAUAUAGCGCAUGGAAAAUGUAAACAACGACUAUGGUCACUGUUUCUAGUGCAAAGUGCAACAUUAUUCAAGCAAGAUUUAGUAAUGUACAGUUAAAUAAAAAACCCCUUUUCAAAGAGAUCAGUUCAAAGAAGCAGCAAUAGUAAACAAACUUUUGAAAUGGCUCUUGCGAAAGUUGUAUAUGCUCCUGUAGCUUGGAGAUAUUUGAAUGGAGUUAUCAAUGUUUAUAAACCAGCCAGACUCACAGUACAGCAGGUUCGACACACAAUUAUCGGAAAUCUUUGCAGGGAUCUAAACCAAAUGAAGGUAAGACCACCCCUGCAGCGUAUUGCAAUUGAAUCGGGGACGAACUCGAAGUACCUUGUACGGCGAACGGAAGAUUUAUCCGACAAUGUGCUAGUUGCUGGUCCGCGUUAUCAAACCGAAGAUGUUAAGGUCCGCAUGAGUGCUAACCAUGGUCGCUUAACUAGUGGUGUACUAGUUUUAGGCAUCAAUAAGGGCAUUAGUAUGGCUUAUCAAAUUCAACAGAAUCGUCCCCUGCGAGUAUACAGGAUAACAGGAUUUCUUGGUAAAGCAACUGAAAGUCACUUCGAAGGCUCAAGGGUAACAGCCAAAGCCACCGUAAAUCACAUUGGGUCGGACAAAAUUGGACGGCUGUUGGCGUCAAUGCAGGCCUCACAUCAGAAAAAAAUGUUCGAACUUUGCGGUAUCGACAUUCAGUCGCAGGCGGCAUACGAUAUGGCAGUUAAAGGAACUAUUCGUCCGGCGGACAACUCACAGCCUAUGAUUUAUGGUAUCAAGUUGGUCGAAUUCCGUAGACCGUUUUUCACAAUUGAAAUCCAUGCCAUCGAUGAAACCGAAGCUUAUAUGGGUACUCUGAUUCACGAGAUUGGAUUGAGUCUUAAAUCGGUCGCUUAUUGUGUAAGCAUACGCUGCAUUCGUCAUGGACAUUUCGAGUUGGAAUAUUCGCUCCUUAGAAACGAUUGGAAUUUGCAAUCUAUUUUGUCCAGCAUGGCGUACACUAAUCAGCUGAUUAGACAGCAUCCAGAAAUUCUGAAACAGUCAAGCUCCAAUCUGAACUAUCUUGAUCGUGAAUACGGUGGCGAUUCAGAAACUAUUAGUGAAAAUGAACAUAGUGAUUUGAAGUGUAAAUAACAAAACAAUUUAUAAUAUAGUUUUAUAAGUACAUAA